AAACGGACAUGUUGGAGCCCCGCGCUGCCGCCGCGUCCCUGACCUGCUCCAGCGAGCGGGACUGAGAAGGGCCCCGCCGCCUCUGCUCGCGCUCGGCCGCAGCCCCUUCCCGCCCGGCCUAUCGGCCUGCGCCGCCCGUCGCCAGCCGUCCUCCCUCCCCCACGCCCCAGGCCUUGCCGGCUCCCGGCCCCGCUCUGUCGCGGCGUGAGGUCCGUGUGACCGGCGGGCCCGGAGCCGCCGCCGCCGCCGCCGCAGCGCGAACAUGGACGCCGUCAACGCCUUCAACCAGGAGCUGUUUUCACUUAUGGAUAUGAAACCUCCCAUCUCUAGAGCCAAGAUGAUUCUCAUUACUAAAGCUGCUAUUAAGGCAAUUAAGCUUUAUAAGCAUGUAGUUCAGAUAGUAGAAAAGUUCAUCAAAAAGUGUAAACCAGAAUACAAGGUUCCAGGAUUAUAUGUAAUUGACUCCAUUGUGAGACAGUCUCGUCAUCAGUUUGGAACUGAUAAAGAUGUUUUUGGGCCAAGGUUCUCUAAAAACAUAACUGCUACAUUCCAAUAUUUAUACCUUUGCCCAUCUGAAGAUAAGAGUAAAAUAGUUCGUGUGCUGAAUCUUUGGCAAAAAAAUGGAGUAUUCAAAAUUGAAAUUAUUCAGCCUCUUUUGGACAUGGCAGCAGGAACCAGUAAUGCUGCUCCAGUAGCAGAAAAUGCUACCAAUAAUGAAGGCUCACCUCCACCUCCAGGAAAAGUUUCUUCUGAACUCCCACAAGCCACUGCAAAUUCCAUACCUGCUGUGCCGCAGUUGCCCAGCUCUGAUGCUUUUGCUGCUGUGGCUCAGCUGUUUCAGACAACUCAAGGCCAGCAACUUCAGCAGAUCCUUCAGACCUUUCAACAACCUCCAAAACCACAGUCUCCCGCCCUUGACAAUGCUGUGAUGGCUCAGGUUCAGGCUAUCACAGCUCAGUUAAAGACAGCUCCUACACAACCACCUGAACAAAAAGCUGCUUUCCCCCCACCUGAGCAAAAAACUGCAUUUGACAAGAAGCUGCUUGAUAGAUUUGAUUAUGAUGAUGAGCCAGAAGCUGUGGAAGACUCAAAAACAGAGGACGCUGUUGCCAUCAGCACUGCAGCUCCUGCUGCUGCUGCACCUCCUGUACCCGCUUUGGCCACAUCUGCUGCUGCUCCUGCUGUGCCAGUGCCUACUGCCUCCUCUCCUCCUCCACAGGCAGCCUUUGGGUUUCCGGGAGAUGGCUUGCAGCAGCCAGCAUACCCACAGCAUCAAAAUAUGGAUCAAUUUCAACCUCGAAUGAUGGGAAUCCAGCAAGAUCCAGUACAUCAUCAGGUUCCACUUCCUCCUAAUGGACAGAUGCCAGGAUAUGGACUUCUCCCUGCGCCUCCCUUUCCUCCUAUGGCUCAGCCUGUGAUGGCUCAGCCUGUAAUUCCUCCAACUCCACCAGGGCAGCAGACUUUCCAACCCACUUUUCAGCCACAAAAUGAGCCACUUGCACAAAAGCCACAUCAGCAGGAAAUGGAAGUAGAACAGCCUUGUAUUCCGGAGGUUAAGCGGCAUAUGUCUGAGAACAGAAAGUCAAGAUCUAGGUCAGCAUCCAGGUCACCAAAGAGGAGACGAUCUAGAUCGGGCUCUAGAUCUCGAAGAUCCCGUCACCGACGAUCUCGAUCUCGGUCCAGGGAUAGACGCCGACACUCACCUAGGUCUCGAUCUCAAGAAAGACGAGAUCGAGAAAAGGAGAGGGAACGUCGACAAAAGGGUCUUCCUCAAAUCAAAUCGGAAACUGCCAGUGUUUGUAGUACCACACUCUGGGUGGGACAGCUGGACAAAAGGACUACUCAGCAGGAUGUUGCCAGUCUCUUGGAAGAGUUUGGUCCAAUUGAAUCAAUUAAUAUGAUUCCUCCAAGAGGCUGUGCUUAUAUCGUUAUGGUUCAUAGGCAAGAUGCAUAUCGUGCCCUGCAGAAACUGAGUCGGGGAAACUAUAAAGUGAACCAGAAAUCCAUAAAGAUUGCCUGGGCCUUAAACAAAGGAAUAAAGGCAGAUUAUAAACAGUAUUGGGAUGUAGAGCUUGGUGUUACUUAUAUUCCGUGGGACAAAGUCAAACCUGAAGAACUGGAAAGUUUUUGUGAAGGAGGAAUGUUGGACAGUGACACACUUAACCCAGAUUGGAAAGGAAUCCCUAAGAAGCCAGAAAACGAAGUUGCUCAAAAUGGAGGUGCAGAAACCUCCCACACAGAACCAGUGUCACCCAUACCUAAACCUUUGCCCGUGCCUGUCCCUCCUAUUCCUGUUCCUGCACCUAUAACAGUGCCACCUCCACAGGUCCCACCACAUCAGCCAGGUCCUCCUGUAGUGGGUGCCCUCCAGCCACCUGCUUUCACGCCUCCUUUAGGAAUCCCCCCUCCAGGCUUUGGUCCUGGAGUUCCUCCUCCUCCACCUCCACCACCGUUUUUGCGCCCAGGAUUCAACCCGAUGCAUUUACCUCCAGGUUUCCUUCCUCCUGGACCCCCACCUCCUAUAACUCCACCAGUUUCCAUUCCUCCUCCUCACACUCCACCAAUAAGCAUCCCAAACUCUACUAUCGCUGGUAUAAAUGAAGACACUACAAAAGACUUAUCUAUUGGAAAUCCCAUUCCAACAGUGGUGUCUGGGGCUAGAGGAAAUGCCGAGUCUGGUGACAGUGCGAAAAUGUAUGGCUCUGCUGUGCCACCUGCUGCACCCACGAAUCUGCCCACCCCUCCUGUAACCCAGCCUGUUUCACUUCUUGGCACUCAAGGAGUUGCACCUGGUCCUGUAUGUGGGCUCCAGGCACCAUCUACUGGUCUUCUUGGUGCCCGACCUGGCAUGAUCCCACUCCAACGUCCCCCAGGAAUGCCUCCACCUCAUUUACAGAGGUUUCCCAUGAUGCCACCUCGCCCCAUGCCACCGCACAUGAUGCACAGAGGUCCACCACCAGGACCCGGGGGCUUCGCAAUGCCUCCACCUCAUGGAAUGAAAGGGCCCUUUCCACCACAUGGCCCCUUCGUUAGGCCUGGUGGAAUGCCAGGGCUUGGGGGUCCAGGGCCAGGCCCCGGAGGUCCUGAAGACAGAGAUGGACGGCAACAGCAACAGCCACAGCAACAACCUCCACCACAGUCACAGCCACAGCAGCCGCCACCAUCACAACAGCCACCACCAGCUCAGCAGCAGCAGCAGCCGCAGCAGCAGCAGCCACAGCAGUUUAGAAAUGAUAACAGGCAGUUCAAUUCAGGUAGAGACCAAGAAAGGUUUGGAAGAAGAUCUUUCGGAAAUAGGGUGGAAAAUGACCGGGAACGGUAUGGGAACCGUAAUGAUGAUAGAGAGAAUAAUAGUACCCGUGAAAGGAGAGAGUGGGGAAGGAGGAGCCCUGACCGGGACAGGCACAGAGACUUGGAAGAGAGAAAUAGACGCUCUAGUGGGCAUCGAGACAGAGACAGAGAUUCCAGAGAUAGAGAGUCUCGUAGAGAGAAGGAAGAAAAUCGAGGAAAGGAAAAGCCGGAGGCGAUAGAUAGGGCAGGUGGUAACAAAGCCGUGGAACCUCCCCUUAGCCAAGUGGGAAACACAGACACUGUUUCAGAACUUGAUAAGGGGGAGACCACGGCCGCAGGGGUAAAACCUGAAGAGUCGCCUGCUGAGGCUACCUCAUCCGUUGAAGCCGAGAAGAAUUCUGGCUCAGCAGCCGAGGCUCCUCGCUAGAGACUGGAAUUGACAAUGUGACAGUGACACUUGUGGAGUGUAGAGCUUGAGGUGUACAGAUGCUGUAUUAUACUGCUCCUGCUAGAUCAGCCCCGCAGUAGUUGGUGGGGAAUUGUAAGCAAUUUGAUUGCUUCCCUUCUAUUUAAGAAUAGCCACAAAAUAACAAAAAUACUGAAGAUAUGAAUAUGACCCUUUUUGCUGUAACUUUUUAAAAGUUUUGACUUUAAAAAGUUUACAAAUCGUAAUUAGAAGUGCUCUCUAUUUUUUUUUUUUUUAAUUUAAGACAAGGUAAUGGUUAAAGCUCAAACAAUAGGGAUGUUUUUAAUAAACUCUAUUUUCGUAACAAACUUUAAUGUGUGCUAUUCUUCCUACACUGCAUUAAGGUGGAAAAGGAUUGUUCACCAUCAAAGUUUGAACUGUUAAUGUUUGAGUCUAAAUUAGACUUGUUUGAUGGAAGACUUAUGUAGUGCUUGCAAACACUGAUUUGUAAUUCUUUUAGUAUUUUAAUCAUAAGGUAAAGAUUAGUGAUCUUAAUGUUAAAAAGCUUGUGUUUGCAUUUCAAUCAGGAUUCUUUUUCUGUUGGCUUUAUGGUAAUGCUGCCCUAAUUUGUAAAGAGAAUUUGCUAGGGGAAAUGAUUGGAUUCCCACAUUACACAUUGUACUACAAAUUACCUGAUUGCUUGGGCAUUAUUUAGGUUGAGUGUUUUGUUUAUAAUCAACCCAUCAGUUUUUUAAGGGUAAAAGAUCAAGGUUAACAUUCGCAACCUCAAAGUUUUUAUUCUUCAUAUAAAGACUUAAAGUAUAACAGUGUUUAAGCCUUGACUAUUGCCAUUACCAUCUUUUUAAAUUCCCAAACUAGGCAGAAGCUCACUGAACUUUUUGCCACAAUGUGUAAACAUGUGAAACCAGACCAGGCCUGUAUCUAAUUGUAUUGAAAGGUCUUGGUCCAGUGCCAAGAUCUAACAGUCCAAGUUAAUAGUGUAUGGAAGCUUUCUUCUUUUAAUCACUCUCAUAAUACUCUUAAGGGCCAGCAAGAUGGCUCAGCAGGUAAAGGUACUUGCUGCCAAGCCUGAUGACCUGAGUUUCAUCUCUGGGACCCACGUGGUGCAGACAGGUGGUUGCGUUUUCCCAACCACCACAUGCUCAUGUGAGGCACACCGGCAUACACCCAAGCCUCCCCACCCCCAUAGGUGAAGCUGCUUUAUUGAGAGAAUUAUGUUUAGUGCCUAACCCAGUUUCCUUUUUGUGGACUUAAAUUUAAAAAUCUGUCCUUAGUUUUACGCUGACCCAGCUUUCGUUUUUAAGUCCUCACAGAAAAUGCUUCUGGAAAGAAACACACCUGAUUAAACAAUACCCAGAUUUGAAGGACAGACUCGGCUUGUAUAGCCAACUAAAAAUGUUAAUGAAAAAGCUGAAAGGUACCCAACUGCUAUUGUGACUACACGGGAGGAUUCCAAGUUAGACUGAGUCCCCCCACUCACUCAUGCAACAAACCACAUUAAAGAACUCCAUUACAUAUUUACCCGAAAGGUCAUUAUAACCAUUACAAACAUCUUUAUUAGCAGUUUCAAAACUUGCACACACUAAAAUUUGUUCUCCAAUUUAGCAGUCUCCCAAUACAUUGAAAACGUAUGUAUUUAUGAAUGAACACGGCUACAGCUUACUCCUGAUUUGUCACAAAUACUCAGCUUUCAACUAAACAAGCUACCCCUGAGUCACAAAUGCAUUAGAUUAACAUUUCCUUUAAAGCAUUCUUUCGGGGUACACAUUAAGAAAGACUGCUUCAUUAACGAAGGAUGUAAAGUCAAUAUUUAAAUAGCCAGAACCUACAGUCAAACAUUUCCUUGGUUUCGUCUUCCAGUGCUGCAGUAUAUUUCUACAGAGGGCCAAUCUCAAAACAUUGUGUCAGCUUCACUUUGGAAAGUAGAGUAGGUUGGUAAGUUAACCUUGGCUAAGGCUGUAGAUUUGCUUUUUACAAGUUCAAUACGAGUUACCGAAGGGCUUUUUCUUAAAUCAUGACAUCUAACUUUUAAAAUAAAAUUAGGUACUUUCUAAGUCUCAACAGUGAAAUUUAGACAAAGGGCAGCCUAUUGAAGGGCUGCCACAGUCAGACUACCUGCUAAAACUUCAUACAUUUUGA